UUGCUUAAUAUUUUGCUGUAGAUAGAUUAUGUACGAUAAGUAAAUAUUAAUUUGCUUAUUAUACAUAAUCCUUCUACAGCAAAAUAUUAAGAAAAUUAUAUAAUUAAUAUAUUGUUUAUUGAAAUCAAGAUGUACAUUAAAUGCAAGUAUGGUAUAUGAGAAUGGAAUAUUAAAUAAUUCUGAAUAUUUAUUUUCUAAAAAUGUUUAUAGUGCAGGAUCUGAAGGUUUUAUAGAGGUUCUAAGUAGAUACUUUUUUGAGCCUUCACAACGGAGAAAGCGGCAAUAAGUGAUAGUUUGUAGUAUCAAAGAAGGACUUAAUCAUUUAUAUUUCGAGUACUACAUUGGUUCUCCAAACUGAAUGAAACUUGCAGGUUUAAUGUAGAAUAAAAAUUUCGACUCGGGUAUAGAGAGAAUACUCUUAGCAAAUAAAUAUGCCAGAAAUAAUUUGUAAAAUUUCGUGCAGGAGAAUUGGAUCUUAAAGGUACUUAUCAAUUAUCAUUCCAGUCGGCCAGUCACUACAGAUGUCAACAAAUCAUGGCUUUAAUUGAUGAGGAAAUCAUCACUCUGAAAAUCGCCAAGAAAAUUAGCAUUGAUAAGACCCGUUCUACAAUAAGUCGUAUGUCGGAGUUGGAUGUCGUGGAUCGUUUGUCGUAUGCUGAAUAACGAUUCCGAAUACGACUACAAAAUAUGUAAUUUUACAACCAGUCGCGAUUGUAUGCACAGGUUAAUAUAAUCUGUACAUAGCAAACAGAAACCGAAAAGUUGGAAAUAUAUUUAAAUUUGUUAUUAAUUUGGACGAAAAUUAUAAAAAUUAGGUUACUUUUAAGGAAGACAGAAUAACAAGAAGAUGGUGGAUAAAACCGCAUAUUUCUGCAAAUAUGAGACAAACUUUCGGUGCUAAUAAAAAAUUAUUUUUAUAUUAUCGAACAAGUGAUAACGAAACAUGUUUUAAGCUUACAGAAAUGUCAAUCCAACAAUUUGAUUAUUUACACGAUCUUCUAAAAUGAAAAUUGCAAACAAGAAGUCAGAGAACCUUAAAGGUGCUUUUUCAUGCUGACGCUCGACGCUCAUUUUUAGUAUCAAAACAGAUCACGUGAUCAAAAUUGACCAUUAUCCAGCGUUAAUUUUGAUCACUUGACCUGUUUUGAUGCUAAAAAUGAGCGUCGAGCGUCAGCAUGAAAUAGCACCUUUAUCAGCAGAGAUAAGACUUGCAGUGACAUUGAAGUAAAAUUGAAUUAUAUUAUAUUUUAUUGCAAACAUAAAAUGUAAAAAAUAUAAAAUUAUAGCACACAUUUAAAUUUAUUUUUAAUUUUCUUGCUCAGAUCUUGGCGUAAGUAGUACUAUUUUUUUAUUUUUCCGGAUAGGAAAAUUAACUUUAAAUAAAUAUAAAUAUUAUCCCUGAAGUAUGUAAUGCUAUAUGGGAAGUAUUGCAACUAACAUAUCUCCGCUGUCCACAAGAUGAGAAUGAAUGGAUCAAAAUCGCAGAGGAAUUUAAUAAUAUGUGGAAUUUUCCAAAUUGUAUCGGGUCAAUUGAUGGAAAACAUUGCCGAAUACAAACCCCACCAAAUUCACAUAGCGUCUUUCACAACCAUUAUAGCACAGGGGCGGAGACCUGCAACCCCCGCGAUUGCGAAGGUUUUAGGGAAAGGAUUUAGGGGCGCAAAGAGGCGCGAUAUUUUAUUAAAUAGCGGGGAGGUGUCAUUAGACCAAGCUCCGCCACUGUUUGACAAGCACAAAUGUACGUAAGAUAAAUUAUAUGAGCUAACAAUAUGUAUACAAUCGGGAAAUAAUAUUUGACAAAUGAAUCUGUGCCAACAUUAACAUUGUUGAGUACACAUUGUAUUAUAUCUCAAAUGUAUUUUUCUUCAUCAUGUUCUGCAUUAUGUUACAUACUUUCUGAUCGCAUUGCAUCAACAAAAAAACUAUCUUAAAUAACAAUAAUUAGAUCUAUCUGAUAUUAUUAGCGUUAAAUAUAUUCUUUCAGUAUAUUUUCCGUGUUUUCCGAAAGAUAAAUGAUCCAAUUUUCUAUCUUGUACUUUGUUCACAUUUCUUUUAAGCAUAAUUAAAAAUUAAAUUUGACAAAUUUAUCUGAUUAUAUGAUUGAUACGAUAUGACAUGAUUGCCACAAUUACUAAAUGUUAAUUGAACUGUUUUUCUAGAAAAUUAUUAAAAGCUAAUUAGAAGUUCGCUUUCAUCUCUAACUUAAUGAAUAUUGUGGUUUAUUGCCAUUACAAUCAUAACAAUCAUGCAAAAUGGCAAUCUUGACUCUAAUCGACGAACAGCGGAAUCAAGGUCUUAUGUCUUGUAUUCGACUCUUCGUCGAGAGUUUGCCUUCACGUUUGGUUGAUCAUCUCAAUCUCCGACGGUGUGACUUCUCUAUGAAUUGCAAAAAGUUCCACGGAUGCACAGGCAAGUUCUAAAACAUCUCGGUCAGUCGGUGCCCACAUCUCUAAGAAUAAUGUGGAAGUGGUGGCAGUUCUGUUGUAUCCUGAUGUCCUUAUGCGCGAUGACAUCGUGCCAGAGGAACAUUCUCGAUAUGCCUAUCCUCGUGCAAUCUCUACGCAUAUUUCGGAACUGGGCUAUGGGUGCUUUCGGUAAGUCUAGACAGCGAGUAUGUGAGCAGCACGGAAACAUAAUUCGUACAUAUACAAAGGAUUUGCAAAUUGUUUACAGAAUGCAAAAAAUUGUUCUAAUAACUUUUAUCUUGCUCUCUUAGUUAGAUAGAUUAUUCGUUGUUCCUUAUAUAUUUUGUAAAACUAGACGUUGUCCAGAAGUUUUCUCCAAGUAAAAGUAUUAUGUACUACUCUUAAAUAAUCACUGAUAAAUGAAGAUUAUUUACAAUAAAUAGUGUGAAAAUAGUGUGAAAUAAAUCUUGAAAAUCUCGAAGAUGGUCGCACUCACAAAAUUCACAACCAUGAUCAGACUUUUGCAAAAAGAGAAGAAGAAACUCGAGAUGAUUUGCAUCAAGUGAAAUAUAAUGAUGAAUGCAUUUCUUUCGUGUCCCCUAUAUCAUCAAAAACACAACGUGAAUACAACAGAUCACUUCAGGUUUUUCGUUUUUCGUUUUUCGUAUAACAGCUUUUAUCCAUAACCGAAUUUAAUUAAACAACAUGUUUCUUUUGUAAAUUCUCAUUGUUUCGCUUGGUUGUGUGAUGUCGCGCAUUGAAAAAAAACAGAAAUGUCAUUGUUAUCUCACUUAAUUAAAAAAAAAACAGUUUCUUUGUGACAAAUGGGGCAAACGUAACUCAACACAACUUUGCGAGAACUCUUCCUACUUCUUAGACACUGCUUUUCUGUAUAGUUCAUCAUCCUCUAAUUUGAUGCACGUUCCCAAUUACAUUUCAAAUUGCAUUACACACUUGAUUUAAUUAUUUACUUAAAGUAAAGUAUAUUUAAUAAGUAAAGUAUUUAAUGUACUUCUAAAUUUUACUCCUUUGUUUAAUAUAUCUUACUCUUUUUCACUGUGUACUGCACAGUGUAAUUUAGUGUUGCCCCUUACCUUUACUUUUUCUGAUUCAUUGCACAGGUUGCGUAGAUACAACCAGAUAUAUGAAAUUAGAAAUUAUUACUGUAUUACUUCUUCAGCAUGUUACAACAAGUGAUUCAUUAACUUCGAAGGUCGGACAGGAACGGAUGAAAAAUAUCUACAAUUGGCGAGAGAUGCAGGCAAAAUGCAAGAAGUCAUUUCCGAUCAUGUCCCGUUUCCUUGCAACGUGACAGUGGGACGAUCAUCAAAGGUACCAGAUUCGGUGCAUAAAUUAAGACCAGGCGAUAUUGAUGUACUUGGCGCCAUGGGUGAUUCGGUCACGGCUGGAGCUGGAAUUUUCGCAACCAGUGUAUCUCACAUUUUAGUAGAUAACAGAGGAGUUACCGCAGCCGCUGGAGGUCAAGGCACAUGGAGGCAGUAUCUGACUGUUCCCAAUAUCCUCAAAGAAUACAACCCCAAUUUGAUAGGAUAUGCGCUGGGAGAUUCAAUAGUACCAAACGAGGCCUCGCAGCUGAUUGUCGCUGAGAGCAGUGCCAUGUCCGAGGAUAUGUCAUACAUGGCUGAGGUACUAGUUACAAGGAUUAAAAGCCAUCCAAAGAUAGAUCUACAAAAACAUUGGAAGUUCAUCUCAAUAAUGAUCGGAAGCAACGAUUUUUGUGGCGAUAUCUGCUGGGUUUCAUCACCUUGGUCAGUCGUUGAUAAUCACAAAGCGGAAAUGCUUCAAGUUUUGCGGACACUAAGGGAUAAUCUGCCACGAACAUUCGUGGCCUUGAUUCUGCCACCUCAUGUAGGUGGUUUACUCGAUGGUACUCAAGGGCGAUUACCCUUGAGAUGUUAUUUCACACAAACUAAUGCAUGUGGUUGCAUGCUCGGUCUUGCUCGUACGAGAUUGAGGCCAAUGUAUGACAAUAUUAUAAGACGGUGGCAAGAGAUAGAUAUGGAAAUCGCUACUUAUCCGGAAUUUCAGAGAGACGAUUUCGUAGUUGUAGCUCAACCCGUCUUGAUGGAUUUAACUAUUCCACUUGCGUCAAAUGGAUACGCCGAUUUAACGUAUUUAAGUGUCGAUUGUUUCCACAUUAGCCAAAAAAUGAACGCUUGGUACGCAACCUCUCUGUGGGAGAGUCUGUUCCAGCCAGUAGGUGCUAAAAUGACGAAGCUGUCUGACAAUCCACCAUCCGAAAAAUUUUAUUGUCCUACAGAGGAGAGGCCUUAUUUGGCUACAAUGUUGAAUUCAAGAACACACCGUUGAAGAAAAUAGAACGGCUAACAAAAUUGACUGUUAAUUACGUGAAAGACACUUGAUGUAUGUGUGAGAGAGAGGAGGGAGGGAGAGGGGAGAAUAUGGAAUAUACAUAAAAAUAUAAUAUAAUAUAACAUAA